CACUCGGUCCCCUCCUCAUCGGAUCUUGGGACAGCCUACUCCACUUUCCUCUCCUGGUGCACCAUCCUCUUCGCCAGAUCCCACACUCUCAAGAGAAAAACAAAACACAGAAAAUACAGACAAAAUGGCUCCUAAUAAAGGCGUGGAUCCCAGCGUUCCAGAUCCUGGCGCGCUUCCCCUUGAAAAGGUCCCUGAUCUUACAAAGUCGACGUUUUCCGAACAGGUCUCGCGACUCGCUAUCACCCCGUAUCCUGCCUGGGGAUUUUCUGCCGCCUUGUUCUCGACAUUGCCGAGAUCGUAUCAGAUCAAGACUUAUCUGCCGCGCCCGCUUAGUUGCCUUGGGUUCGGAUCAAUUAUCGGCUUUGCUGGCUACAUGAGCUACGACAACGAUCCGAUAAACGGCGCCGGUGUCGCUUCAGCCUGGAGUAUCCUCUACCUUCUCGCCAACGGCAGACGCGGCAUCACUCAGUUCAAGCCGUGGCCCGCGGUCCUGAGUCUGUACGCGCUCGGAAACGCGGCGAUGUAUGGCCGUGAGUUCUUCUUUCCGGAUGAGGGCAUGCUCGCUUUAUGAUGUGCAUUAUUUGUAGUUUAUUUCAACCACUAGUCUCUUGGAUUAAAAUAUAUUUUUUUAAUUUUGAAUAUUGU